CUCACUCGUUCACGCCGCACCGAUCCUCCGCCAGCGCCUCCACACCUCCUCCCACCCCGACUUCCGCGAGAGAACUAACUGGGACGACAGGACACGAGCGAAGGACUAUAAGGUGUUGGUGGCCUUGCCCUGCCUGGCCCAGAAAGCAGAGCAGAGGGCGGCCUCAGACUGCGGCGGCGAAAUGAUGGUCGGCGAGGAGAUGACACUCAAAAGCCCCGGUUAUCCCAACAAGUACGGUAAAAGGAAAGAAUGUCGCUGGAAGCUGACUGCUGCUGACGCUGAUGCCAAGUUGGAGGUGCAGUGCCCCAAGUUCGAUCUUCAGAAGUCGAAAAAGUGCGUGAAGGACCGCCUGAUAUUUCAAGAGGGCGGAAAAGAGAAGACGCGCUUUUGCGGCAAUGGUGCCAAGACCUUCACCUCUGAAGCUAAAAGCUUAGAAAUCGUGUUUCGAAGUAAUCGGUGGGUGUCUAAGACGGGUUUUGAGUGCACCGUGCGUAGCCUGAGAAGCAGCACUUCUGCAGGGUAUUGGGGCACUGCUAACACUGAAGAAACCACCACCGAGACCACCACCACCACAACCACCAAGGCUUCAACGGGCGGUUCAGGUGGUUCGGGUGGGUCUGGCGGAAGUAGCGACACGUGUGAGUGCGGUGUACCCAACCUGACUCGCAUUGUGAACGGUGCCACCGUGAACCCCGCAAAUAAGUACCCGUGGCACGUGGGUCUCAAGAAGAGAGGGGGGUCAUCAUACUGGUGCGGAGGCGCAAUCAUCAACAACAAGUACGCCCUCACCGCCGCCCACUGCUUCUUCAAUCAAGAAGGUGAGCGCGAGUCCGACGAGGGCCUGGUAGUGGGCGUGGCUGAUCACGACAUGACGACUACGAGUGAUGACGUGUCGGGAGUGACGCGGCUGGUAAACGUGAAGAAAGUAACCCUCCAUGAGAAGUAUGACCCCAAGGGACAUGAUUUUGACGUCGCGCUGCUGCUGCUGGAAGAAACGCUCGACCUUAGCAAGAACAAGGAGCUGCGUGCCGUAUGUCUGCCGAAGGACGACUCAAAGACCUACGAGGGGCUGACCGGCGUUGCCACCGGUUGGGGAGAUCUACAGACAGGCGGAUCGCAGCCUAAUAAGCUCCAGGAAGUGGAACUGCCCAUCCUGGCCCCGUCCUGCUGGAACUUGGGUGCCUCCGCGAAUAUGCUAUGCGCCGGCUACAAGGACGGCAGUAAGGAUACCUGCCAAGGAGACUCCGGAGGACCGCUUUAUGUCAAGGAGGGCACCAAGUUCGUGCAGGUCGGAGUAACCUCUUUCGGCUUUGGCGUAUGUGCUGAUCCCGGUAAGCCCGGAGCCUACGCCAGGGUGUCCAAGUUCCUGCCAUGGAUCAAGGAGAACACCUCUGAUGCCACUUACUGCAACAGUUACUGAUGUUCCCAGUACUCCCUUCUGCCGUGCUGCCUUGCCAUAUUUGGAUAAUAUGGCAACUCAGCAGAACACACAGUCAUCCACCAUAAUGGCCUAAAUAUCCCGGGCAAAGGUACAUCAAUAAAGACUUUACCAACAA